AUGUCGGCUGCCAAAGGCGGUGCCAACAGAGGUUUGGAACUUCCCAAUGAGAUCUUGGAGAAGACAUACUGGGCAAACUUGGUGGAAACCGACGCACAGAAACGCGUCGAGAACAACAUCCUCCUCACUGACUACUUGGCCGAAACGUCGUUAGCCAUGUCGAUUGUCCGACAAAACAACCUCUUCGCGGUUUCCCCCAAGGUGGUCGAAUGGAUGCCUCACACUGAGACAUUCGGCACCUUGAACGGGCUAGAAACCAUCGUGUUGGCGGAAUAG